UUUCUCUCUUUCUCUCUCACAGUUCGUGGAAAACUUCGCUGCUGUCACACAUCGCCUCUAUCCUGCUCCGCGGAGGUUAUACAAGCUUCCAGCCUUUUCAGAGCACCGGGAGUGGCUGAAGUGUCGUCGGGGAUAUUGAGAAGCAGCCGGACGGCUCAGAAAUCGGCGCCAUGUCCAAGUCAGACUUCCCUCCAGAGUAUGAGGACUCCCGUGGUCCGCUGUACGCGCCUCAGGGCGGCGGCUACCCUCCUCCUCCAGCAUACGGCUUCCCGUCCUUCGGUGGUCCGCAACCAGGCCAGCCCUUUGCUCCCUACCCAAGCGGUCCAAACGCCCCUCUCUACCCGGGCCAGCCAGCGGGGUAUCCUCCCGCGCCGUACCCAGGACAGCCUCACCAUGCAGGACCCCCAGGAGCAGGCUACCCCUCCCCGCCACCCAUGCCUCCAAUCAUCCCGCCCACCAUACCAUCAGGGGUUCUGAACUCAGAUGAGGAGUUCGCUGCCAGCGGCAGCAACUGGGACGACCUGAGCAUUCGGCACGCCUUCAUCAGAAAGGUUUACAUGAUUCUGGCCUCCCAGCUCCUGGUCACUACCAGCAUUGUUGCCAUUUUCACCUUCGUAGAGCCGGUCCGAGACUUUGUACGGAAAAACCAGGCUGUGUACUGGGCAUCAUAUGCUGUAUAUUUCAUCACCCACCUUGUGCUGGUUUGCUGUAAGGGCCCACGGAGGAAGUUCCCAUGGAACUUGAUUCUGCUGCUGGUCUUCACCCUGGCGUUGUCUUACAUGACAGGGACCAUCUCAAGUUUCUAUGACACAAAAUCCGUGUUUCUGGCUCUGGGAAUCACUGCUGUUGUGUGCAUCGCCGUCACGGUCUUCUGCUUCCAGACAAAGGUGGACUUUACAAAGUGCCAGGGCCUGUUCUGCGUCCUCGGGAUUGUUACCUUUGUGACCGGCAUCAUCACAGCCAUCGUGCUUUCCUUCAAAUAUAUCCUGUGGCUUCACAUGCUGUACGCAGCGAUAGGAGCCAUCGUCUUCACCAUGUUCCUGGCGUACCACACACAGCUCCUGAUAGGAAACAGGAAGCACUCCAUCGGUCCGGAGGAGUACGUCUUCGCCGCGCUCUCCAUCUACGUGGACAUCGUCCAGAUCUUCCUGUUCCUGCUGCAGAUUAUUGGAGCUUCCUCCAAAUGAGGCUGCCCAAGUGCACGCCGUGUCGGAUGGGCGCUGGAAAGCAAAACCUGCAAAACCUUCUUUUUUUUCUUUUUUUUUCUUCCAGAUUUAAAUUUUGGGGGAAAUUGUUCUAGCAUUUAUCUUUUUAAGAUGUAUAAAACCAAUCCAGGGAACGAGUGAAAUGGCUGAAUUUGAUUUUGUUUGUAGGGCUAUACAUAAAAAUACUUUUAUACUUGUAAUAUACGUAUUUAUACUACAAUAUAUGCUUCAUCUACAAGUUAUGCACAUCCCUGUUUAAAUGCCAAGUUCUUAUGAAGUGGGGGGAAAAAAAGGAGUAUCUUACCAGAUCCUUUCAAACCUUUAAUAUGACAUAUAUGCUGUACAACCUCAUCUGUUUGGGUUAAAAUUAUUUUAAAAAUUCAAGAGGCGUAGUAAUUAGACCAAUUUUGUUGGAGGACUUUGUGAUUUACCUUCAGCAUUCAGUCUUUUGUAGACGUUUGUCACAGCCAUCAUCAGGUGAUGAGAAAAAAACUCAACCCCCCUCUUCAUCUCUAGUUUUCUAGCUGACACCUGAAGGUUCGGUGUCAGGAACCAGCUGAUGUUGUGAAUUUGCUCAAGACUUUAUUAAAAAACCUCGUCUCCAUCUGAAGAAAAGGAGAACCCCAGAGCGAUCCUGCCACCGCUGCAUUUCACUGUGGCUCUAGUGUAUUUCUGCUGAUCAGGUUUUUGUUGUUUAUCUGCCUUCUUGGAGUUGAGGCCAAAUGCUGGACUCUAGUUUCAUCAGAUUAUGAAACAGUCUGCAGAUGAUUUUGGGAAUGCUAUCUUGCCUUCCCCCCCCCCCCCACCCCCUUGCUAGUUCAGACAUGCAGAGGACACAGGACAUCUAGAAGUACUUCAGGAUUACUGCCAGGGUGAACAUCCAGUUUUUGGACAGCUGCUGUUUAUUUCAGACGCCUCAGAUUGCAGCUUCCUUAUUUUUCACGUCAGCCUCUUAGAGAUUUUCCUUGUUUUUCAGAUGAAUUGCACAGGAUACGUGUUUCAUACAAAGUGGGAUAAAAGUCUGAAACGAUUUAUCAUGAUCUCAUAUUUUUUGAUCCCAAAAGCCUGGCGUUUUAACAGGGGUGUGCACACUUGAGAUCCACUGUAGAUAUGUACUGCACUUUUUCUUGGAAACUAUUUAAGGCUCAAACGGUGCUAAUUUAGCAAGGCUCCCUUUAUAGUCACACCACCUGUAUCAUAUCGUAGUUUUUCUCCAAAGAAAGGUAGGAUUUUGUACUACUGUGGCUGUUUGUUUCCCUGCCCUGUCAGAUUGGAGACGGUCUGAGUCAGCAGGGUGGAGUUCAGACGCAGCUUCAGAAAUGUUUCAGUGGGAGUGUCCAAAAGCUCCUGAUUUACCAAGCCGCUCCUCCGGAGGUUUAAACAUGCCAGGCAAAAGUUGCACGUAAUGAUUUUAUUAAAGCAACAGUGUCAAGCAUUGAGCAUGUAAAGCCCAUCUAGCUGUUGUUAGGUAACAGAUUUUUAUUACAGAAAACAAUCGGUUUUCAUUGUCAUAUAAAAUAAAUUGUUUCCUAUCUGA